AUGGCCCCCGUUCCUACUACGACGGCUAGGCAGAGCCUCGCCCACGCCGGCGCCGUUGCCUCGCACCUCUGGAAGCGCGCUGCCGUCGUCGUCCUCCCCGAGGUCGCCCGCGCAACCACCUCCCACGCCCUCGCGCGCCGCAACCUGACCGUCAACCACACCCAGGGUGUCACUUUGGGAAUCAUCGGCGCCUACGCCGUCAUCAUCGCCAUCCUCUGGAACGUCCCCUUCCUCCGCCAGGUCCUGUGGCCCUUUAAGAUGCUCGUCAUCGCCUUCCACGAGUUCGGCCACGCCAUCACCGCCUGCUGCACCGGGGGCAAAGUGCUGUCCAUCACCCUCGACCCCAACGAGGGUGGCGCCACCCUCAUGAAGGGCGGCAAGCAGGCCAUCACACUUCCGGCUGGUUACUUGGGCUCUUCGCUCAUCGGUGGCCUACUCAUUUUCUGCGGGUUCAACAUCAACGCGUCAAAGAUCGCCUCCAUGGUACUGGGCGUCUGCUUUCUGUUGACCCUGUGGUGGGGUAAGAAGGACUGGCUCACGAUUCUCACUGUACUACUCGCGGUUGGCCUGCUGAUCGCGGCCUGGUUCAUCUCACACGCUCAAGCGCUGAGAUUCGUCGUUCUCUUCAUCGGUGUCAUGAGCUCCCUCUACUCAGUCUGGGAUAUCUGUGACGACCUCAUUAUGCGCAAGGUCAACAGCUCCGACGCCAGCGUCUUCGCCCAGCGUUACGGUGGCUCCUCUCGUUGCUGGGGCCUCAUCUGGUCCGUCAUCAGCGUUUGCCUAAUGGCCAUCGCCAUCGUCGCGGGUCUCGCCGCCUUCCCACAGUCCUUCGCCGAACAGGAGAAUGAUUCCAAGAACUUUCUGCCCACAAGAUGA